CUCUAGUUCUUGCUCUUUCUCGGAUGUCUUUUCAUUUGAAGAAGUGACUGCGUGAAUCGUAAAAUAAUUAAUAGAUUCAGGGCCUAAUAAAACUUUAUUUCGCAGCUAUGAGAUCUAUUUAAUUAACAAAAAGUUGUAAGAUAUUGUAUGGAGUGGUUUUUACGUGUUACUGUUUUGUGCAGUGUUAAAAAUAUCAAAGUAAAAUGUGGUCGAUGACAGUGUAAAAAAGAGUGCUCGCUACAAACCAGACAUCAACAAAGCAACCGUGCCCUCAACAGAAUCUAGCAACAAACUAUGUUAUUGUAAAUAACAACUGCUGUAAUCAAGUGACGUAGUGGAAUCGUAUAUGAGCGUCGGGCCGCGGUGCAAUACAUGAGUGACAAGAUGAGUUCCACCAGCUCCAACGCGCUGAAGCCGCCGCCACCCUCGCGCCCGAUUGACCUGGAUCAGAUAUGGGGCGAUCUGCAAGAGGGCAUCGAGUUGGUAUACAGGAGACAGCACAUAGUCCGUAACAGAUACAUGGACUUUUACACGCAUGUAUACAACUAUUGUACGUCAGUACACCAGAAUAAUUCGCCCAUGUCGAGAUCAAACUCGAACAAGACCAACUAUGGCAGCGGCAGGAAGGGUGGUCAAGUGCAAGGCGGCGCGCAGUUGGUAGGCUUGGAACUAUACAAAAGGCUACGCGAGUUUUUGAGGGUCUAUCUUAUUAAUUUACUCAAGAAUGGAGCAGACCUAAUGGGCGAGGAUGUAUUAGCAUUUUACACUAAACAAUGGGAGGAGUAUCAGUUUUCCUCCCGCGUCCUCAACGGUAUCUGUGCGUACCUCAACAGGCACUGGGUCAAGCGCGAGUGUGAGGAGGGAAGGAAGGGCAUCUACGAGAUUUAUCAGUUAGCAUUGGUGACGUGGCGUGACAAUUUGUUCAAAUGUUUGAACAAGCAAGUGACCAACGCCGUCCUGAAACUGAUUGAAAGAGAACGAAAUGGUGAAACCAUUAACACUAGACUGGUUUCUGGGGUCAUCAACUGCUACGUAGCCCUGGGUCUCAAUGAAGAAGAACCAUCUGCUCGAGGUCAGAACCUGGCCAUUUACAAGGAGACCUUCGAAUCCGUCUUCCUGGAAGACACUGAGAGGUUCUACACCAGAGAGAGUACCGACUUCUUGAGGAAUAACCCUGUAACUGAGUAUAUGAUUAAGGCGGAACAGCGAUUACAAGAGGAGCAGAGACGCGUCCAGGUGUACUUACACGAAACUACUAUGGAGCGGCUGGCCAAGACCUGCGAUCGGGUGCUCAUUGAGAAACACCUGGAGAUAUUCCACUCUGAGUUCCAGAAACUAUUGGACGGCGAUAAGAACACCGACUUGGGUCGCAUGUACAGCCUGGUAGCGCGCAUCCCCAACGGUCUGGUGGAGCUGCGUCGGCUGCUGGAGCAACACAUACACGCGCAGGGCUUACACGCUAUCGACAAAUGCGGCGACUGCGCGCAUACGGAUCCGAAAGUAUACGUAUCGACGAUCCUGGAAGUGCACAAGCAGUAUAACGCGCUGGUUCUGGUCGCUUUCGUAAACGACUCUGGAUUCGUCGCCGCUCUGGACAAGGCUUGCGGCCGGUUUAUCAACAGUAAUGCAGUGACAAAGGCAGCUAACUCGUCAUCAAAGAGCCCGGAACUGCUCGCGAAGUAUUGCGACCUGCUUCUCAAGAAGUCCAGCAAGAACCCCGAAGAAGCUGAAUUGGAGGACACGCUGAACCAAGUUAUGGUGGUAUUCAAGUAUAUCGAAGACAAGGACGUGUUCCAGAAGUUCUACAGCAAAAUGCUCGCCAAGCGGCUCGUCCAACACAUGUCGGCGAGCGAUGACGCUGAGGCUUCAAUGAUCUCAAAGCUAAAACAGGCGUGCGGUUUCGAAUACACAAGCAAAUUACAGAGGAUGUUCCAGGAUAUUGGAGUAUCAAAGGACCUGAACGAAAACUUCCGCAAGCACAUGGCGAAUAGUUCUGAACAGCCGCUUCAUAUCGACUUCAGCAUCCAGGUCCUAUCAUCAGGGUCUUGGCCGUUCCAGCAGUCUUCCAGCUUCCAACUGCCCACUGAGCUGGAGCGAUCAGUGCACAGAUUCACCACAUUCUAUUCGUCACAACACUCAGGCAGGAAGCUCAACUGGCUCUACAAUAUGAGCAAGGGCGAGCUGGUCACCAAUUGCUUUAAGAACAGAUACACACUGCAAGCGAGCACAUUUCAAAUGGCUGUAUUACUGCAAUACAACGAGAACACGUCCUGGACUGUACGUCAGUUGGAACAGCACACGGGCAUCAAGGGGGACUUCCUUAUACAGGUGCUACAGAUCCUCUUAAAGGCGAAACUGUUGGUAUGCCAGGACGACGAAUCUGAACUAACCGAGUCAUCUGUGGUGGAUCUAUAUUUAGGAUACAAAAAUAAAAAGCUCCGCGUGAACAUCAACAUCCCGCUGAAGACGGAGCUGAAGGUGGAGCAGGAGGCCACACACAAACACAUCGAGGAAGACCGCAAGAUGCUUAUUCAGGCUGCCAUAGUAAGGAUAAUGAAGACCCGUAAGACGCUGAAGCAUCAGCACCUGGUGGUGGAAGUCCUCAACCAGCUGUCUUCCCGCUUCAAACCGCGCGUUCCCGUCAUCAAGAAAUGCAUCGACAUCCUGAUAGAGAAAGAAUAUCUGGAGCGCGCCGAGGGAGAAAAGGACACAUACAGCUACUUAGCGUGAUCUCUCUACACGAAUACACUGUGAAGUUA